CCUCGCGAGUUGUUUUCUCCGCACGCCGGCGAGGAGCGGCGCCGCCCGGGCCCUGCUGCGCCGCCUGCCGGCUAACGAUGCUGCACUGGGAGGACUCGCUGGCGAGCUCUGGGCUCACAGCCUGCGGGGGCAGCGAUUGCCGAGGCUUGCGCGCCGCGCUCGGGGUUUCUCCCCAGCUGGGGCUGGGAUUUGUCUUGUGGGCGCAUCAGGCUCGUUCGGGCCCGAGGACGCUUCUGUUUGAAUGCCCGUACGGCAGCUGCCGAGCCCGCCAGCCGCUGGCGACCCGCUCCUGGCCGUGGUGCCCGCUGAAGGAGCGCGGGAGGCGGGCUGGCCGGCCGGCCGGCGGGGCCCAGAGCGGGCACCCCGGGGCUCCCGCUGCAUUUGGAUGCGCCUUGAGGCGAGGCUGCCCUUUAAUCUUUAAAACUCUGCAGGGAGUGGCGCUUUCGUUUCCUGAGCGCUGUCAGACUCCGGGGGCAAACGCGGCGGGCUGGUUGUGGGGGCCGGCCCCCUUUUCAGUGGUUGUAAGUGAUGAGCGUCAGAAAGGAAUCUCGCCCCUCUGUGGAAUUCAUCAAAGGUCGCCUUUAUUUUGCAAUUCUCUGCCAAAAACCAAAGAGUGGUGUUGCAAAUACACAUUAUUUCUGCAUAGAUGAUGAACUUGUAUACGAGAACUUCUACGCAGAUUUUGGACCUCUCAAUCUGGCAAUGGUCUACAGAUAUUGUUGCAAGCUAAAUAAGAAAUUAAAGUCAUUUACAUUGAUAAGGAAGAAAAUAAUUCAUUAUACUGGCUUUGAUCAGAAAAAACAAGCAAAUGCUGCAUUCCUCAUAGGCUCUUACGCAAUAAUAUACUUAAGAGAAUCACCUGAAGAUGUGUACAGGCUCUUAUUGGCUGGAAACAUAUCUUAUCUUCCUUUCAGGGAUGCUUCAUUUGGUACUUGCAAUUUUCAUCUAACAUUGCUUGACUGCUUUCAUGCAAUAAAUAAGGCUUUGCGAUAUGGCUUCCUGGAUUUCAGUGCUUUUGAUGUAGAUGAAUAUGAGCAUUAUGAGAAAGCAGAAAAUGGGGAUUUUAACUGGAUAAUACCAAACAAAUUCGUUGCCUUCAGUGGACCUCAUUCAAGAAGUAAAACUGAAAAUGGUUAUCCCCACCAUGCUCCUGAGGCCUAUUUCCCAUAUUUCAGAAGACACAAGGUUACUACCAUAAUACGUCUUAACAAAAGAAUGUAUGAUGCCAAACGAUUUUCAGAUGCUGGUUUUGAGCAUUAUGACCUCUUCUUUGCUGAUGGAAGCAUACCUAGUGAUACUAUAGUCAAAACAUUCCUAAAUAUUUGUGAAAAUGCUGAAGGUGUUAUAGCAGUUCAUUGCAAAGCUGGUCUUGGCCGAACUGGUACACUUAUAGCCUGUUAUAUUAUGAAGCAUUACAGGAUGACAGCUGCUGAAACCAUUGCCUGGAUUAGAAUAAAUAGACCUGGCUCAGUAAUUGGACCACAGCAGCACUUCCUUGUAGAGAAACAGACAGAACUUUGGACAGAAGGAGAUAUUUUCCGUGCAAAGUUAAAGGGAAAUCGUAAAAUUGCUGUUACAAAAAUCCUCACAGGAGUAGAUGAUAUUUCAAUUAAUGAUGCAAAAAACCGGAGAGCCAACAGAAAAGACACUGAACUGUACAGUGAUGAAGAUGAUGCAAACUGUGUAACACAAGGUGAUAAGCUUCGUGCCCUGAAAAGUAAAAGGCAGGCAAAGGCUGCAGCCACAGUUCCACUAACAGUAAUUCUACAGUCCAGUGUUCAGAAAAGUAAAACGUCUGAACCUAGCAUUUCUGGCAGUGCAGACAUUAAUAAAAGAACUACCAGGUCUGCUGCAAGAAAAAGCAGUUUAAAAAGUCUGAUACCUCAGAAGGAGAAAAGGAAAAGGAAUGCUUUACAGCAAAUGCGCUUAAUGAAAUUAUGUGGUCACUCCAUACCAAGGACCAGGACAGUGCUGCGUUAAGUAAAAAGAAGUGACUGAAGAGGAUGCUGAAGGGGGAAAAAAGGAAUAUUGCUAUGGAACUUGAUUUCUUUGAAAGGAAAGACAUUUUCACUGCAAAAUGCAGCUAAGAUUUAGCAGAAAAACUCCUCCUAAUUCGUAAAAGAAAACGAUCUGUUCAAGAAGCUUGACAAACAGUUCAGCUUUCUAAUUCUAAAUAUGUUCUCAAAUGUUUAAAAAAAAAACCUUGUAAAUUUAGACUCAGGUGUAAAUAUCUAAACUCUCUAUUAUAAAGAGGGUUUACUCGUGGGUAUGAUGCAUGUGUGUAAUUGUGAUGGCAAUCACUUAGCUGCUGGCCACCAUAAGAUGUGAAGAUGUGGUGGGAGCUUUUAAAUAUUCACUUUACUGUUGUCUAUCAAGCUGGUCUCAGUCUCCAAUACAGAGCAAAGCUUGGGAAGGCAAGAUUUUAUUCUCAUAACAUUGUACUUUCCUGUUGAUUUGGAUAGCCUUCCUUAUUUUGUAUGGAUUUUUUUAUGAAGCUGUAAUGUUAAAUACCUAAACUAAUUACUGUACACCAAAGAGUGCUUUAUUUCAAAGGGUUUUUUUAAACAAUUUAAGUAAAAGCUGUUAACUGUUUUAUUAGUAAUAGCUUUUAGUUGCUCAAAAACAUUGAUUUUCGUACCAGAGUUUAUAAUUUUAAAGCAGCACCAUCAACUUAGAUUGCACUGCUAGCUGAAAACUUUUUACCUACUUGUGCUACAGGUAAUACCUAAGGUUCUCAAUCCUAAAGUUUAUGCAUCAGACCAUGCUUUAUGGUCAUUGUCAUGGUUUCUCUUGCUUAAUCAUUUCCUUCCAUACUUGGGGGCAGGAGUGGGGAAGAGGGGCACUUCAAAAAAAAAAAUGAGUUGUGAUAGUAAAACCACUGAAAUUGGCAGUGAGGAACAGAUGUAGUCAGUCAUUCUUUUAAAAAUAGUUAUUUCAAGGUUUCAGUGCUCCUUUAAACAUCCAGGUACUUUUGGUUUAAAAAAAAAAAAAAACCCAACCUUAGAUACCUAAUUAUCUGUUAAAUGUGAUUGUAAUUUUUUAAAGGUGACCCAGGAUUUGAAAUUUUAUUUAUUUCCUUUUCAGUAUCCUCUUCUAAAUCAGAAAAGUUUUUCUUCGAUUUAUCCUAUUAUAUUUGAACAGCUUAUUUUCCCCCUAGUAUCUUUGUUUGCCAGCAUUACAUUUCACAUGUGCACACAUCUUAGAAUAGAUCUGCUACUGCAUAGCCAACAGUAAAAAGAGGUUUGUUUUCAUGAGUCCUGUAUGAAUACAUUCUGGGGAGGAAGGUUGAAAUGUUACUCAACAGACUUUUUUGUCUUGAAGGAAGAUCUACUUUGUUGCAGUGGGCGGGAAUGUUCCUACUAAAUUUAAACAGUGCUAGGCAAGGUUCAACACCUAGGUCUAAUUUACAUCCCCUGUUAAAGCAUUAAAAAAUCGUAAUGGUAAUUGAAAGGUGUUGCCUAGAUAGUGUAAGUAACAAUAUGUUGACUUGACUAGCUUUUGAUGUUAAAGGCAGAAGAGUAUUAGUCCAGGAUAUGCUUACUUAUUAAGUUAACGGAAGCAGUUCCCAAGUUGUUCUGACACUUUUAAUUAUACAAACUUGAAUGUAAAGAAUAUAGAAGAAAAGGUUCUUCCAGAAUAGAAUCAAAACCUUGAACAGGUAUUUAAUAUCCUUUUUUAUAUAUAUAUAAGAAGAAACCCCUUUGAGUCCUCUGACUUUGCUCCUUUGCUUUGUACAGCUUAGGGACGCUUGUCUCCAGGGAAAUAGAAAUCUUUGUGUUUGUAUUGCCUUUCAAAACAAUUGGGAGUGAGGGGCUGAGCCACAUCAUUCUGGGGACAAGAGCCUUUCUAACUUUGUGAGGGGAGGAGGGACAAAAUGAGUCCUUGGGUUUUUUAAAAAUUCCCUCUCUGCUAAUACAGCCCCUUUUUGUUUUGUUUUUUUAUUUGGGGAUAGAGGAGCACUCUUUACUCUGAUCAAGAAUGAGAGUCCCUGUGGUGCUAGACUGGUGUGUCCAACUUCCACCAGUGACCUUGAAGAGAGAACGUGCAGUUCAUGAUGAAUUGAAAAUGUGCUCCCUGAACCAUCCGUAUGGAUUUUUUUAAAAAAAACCAAAGUGUGGGUGUGUCAUCCCAGGCCCUGUGGUGGUUGCCUCCCCCAUACCUCUCACUUCUGCAGCUGCAGCUCUUGGGUCAGCCUGGAAUGCUCUGAGCACCUGCUUGCUGUGUUGCAGAGGAGAGUGUAGCUCUGGCUGCUCAACAGCCUUACUUCCUUGCUGAGCUCUUGGAGCCAAGGAGAGUAGGAUAGGAAGUUAACUGACUCUGCCUCAAUGCAGGGGAGCACCUAGUAAAGGGUGACUCCCCUCUGCCCUAUCCUUUCCAGCAGCUGCCCAGGGCAGCCUAAGAGAGGGGGGAGAUAAAGACAGAGAGACAACACUCAAUUAAAACUCAUGAUUCUCUAUCCCAAUCCUGAUCAGAGCCAGCCUGGCAGUUGCUCUUAACUUGUGCCAGCUAACAGUCCCAAUGGGACUGUCUGCCUGUCGAGGAUAGCCCAAGCAUAACACACCCCGCUCUCACCCUUCCCAGCUCCCCCUCUUGGGCACUUCUGCCCUGCUAAAGUGGCUCCAGGCACUCCAGGUGGGUAGAAUUCCCAGCAGGGACAUUGUGAGGGAUUCCGCUCCUUUUAUUACCUGAGUGAUUUUUCCCCCCUAUUUGUAACAAAUUUAUUAGGCUCAUCUUCAUUAUUAAUAUACAAAACAGAAUGGUAUUGAUCCAGUGUGUGCAUGGUCAAGAGACUGAUGGUUUGUGAAAAUGGUUAGAGGAAUUUACUUGUGCAUCCAACAACCAAGACUUAUAAUGCAAGGCAAGAGAUUUUGCCUCCAAUGUAACAACUGGCGCUCCUUGACCUUUUUCAAAAAUAAAAUGUUUGCCUCUACAGCUGAAAGGAUUGGACAUCACAGUGCUAGGUGCUGUACAAGUAACUAUUUUUUUAAAAUGUCCUGAUCCUGGGAAGUCACAGUUACAUUUUUUACAAGCCUAAACAGCUGAAUGAGGGGAAGGUAGGGUGGUUGGGAGGAUUAGUUUAAUAAAAUACAAGAAGGCUUUUGGACAGUAAGUAGUAGUUUUAACGUCCCAGCUGCCUACCCAGUUCUUUGCUUUUUAGGUAUUUUCAUCUUGCGUAUACAUUUGUGUUUUUACCUCAGCACUAGAGUGAAACGGAGGAGAUGUCUGUUGUUGGCAAAUAUUGAACUGAUUUGUUCAGUUAAAGUCUGCCUCAAAAUAAUUUAAUGGGUAUAAGUUGCUUAUACAUAUGCACAGGUUGAGUUCGUACUGUCCACUGAACCUGAAAAGAAUCAGACUAGGGUUUUUGUUUUUUUAAGAAUCACCCCAACAUGCAAAGUUUUUUAACAAACUUUGAAAUUACAUUUUUAAAAACCAGAUGAACUUUUUGACUUUCAAUUUUGUAUAAUUGUUUUAAACAUCAAGUACUGAUUUUAAUUGAAAAACAAAGCCCGUCACAAAUGUCUAUUACAUAUAGUGAAAGUCUCUAAACAAAGUUUCACAGUUUUGUUAGGUAUAAAGAUUCUGGGCUACCAUUUUUCUCCUCUAUACAUCUUACAGUUGUGGAGAAACACACAAAUACUACUGCCAUUCUUCACUUGAAUAUUCAAAUCAGCAUUGCUGUUUAGUGACCAGCAUUACCUCCUCAUAUCCUAUGUAAUUUUAACAUUUAGCUUGUACUUUCAAUCUGACAUUUUGCCUUGUAUUUGCACCAUAUGUACCAAAGUUGUCUACAUGCAAUUCUGAAAGCAAGGGGAGAAAGCACUUCUUUUCUAAAGACUUGUGAAAGCGUGCCAAACGGAAUGUACAUGUAAAACACAGCUGGAGACCUUGAACUUGUGUGUGCUGAGAAGCUAGUUAUCCCUGCCGAUGCAUUUAUAAUUCUGGGUGGGUGGCCUAUAAUUUUUUUCCCAUCUGCCCUUUUAUACUGAGAUAUAUAGUGAAAAUCCUACUUAAAAUAUAUAGUAACUAUUUGGGUAUUUCGGGUCAAGUUGCUGCUUUUCAGCAAAGUGUCAGUAAUUUAUAUUAAAGUUACUCCCAGAUCUUGACCUGUUGUUCCGACUGUAAAUAGGAAAGUGCUGCAGAUGUGCCGCUGUUUUUAAAGACUGGACAAAAACUAUUAAGCUAGGAUUUGUAUCAAAUGUGACGCACAUUCUAAGUGGAAGAAAAAACAAUUUAUGUUCAUCAGAUUGUUCUGCAGUUUUAUAUUACUGGUUUGCAGACUUUCAUUUGUCUUGUGUACAGAGUCUGGAAAGUUCUUUAAAACUUACUGAAUAAUCAAUACUGCUCAUCCUGAUUUUUUUUAAAUUGUAUAUUUCUAAUCAUAUUUUUUUAAAUCAGAUUGAAUGACAGAAUGGGAGUUUUAUUUUGCUGAAAGUAUUUUUAAGAUAAAGCUUCAUAAUGUCUUGUAAACUUAGUUUGAUAUGCAUUUGUCAUUUGGAAAUCUUGCAUAUUAUAACUUGUUUUAUACAAAAUAUUGAAUAGUAAUUGUAAAUAUGAAUUGUGUACAAAUAAAACUAUUAACCUG